UUUAAAAUAUUAUAAAUUUUAAUAAAAGUAAAAUUCACCAUGACUUUUAAAUGCAACAAUUGUGAUUUUGUUUGUCAGAAUUUGCUUUUAUGUAAAUAUAAAUUUUUAUGUAAAUAUAAAUUUUUAUUUUUACUUCUGUAUGCAUAUAAGUUUGUUAUAUAACAGCAAAAUUUUAAAGUAGAUAUACUAAAUAAUAAAAAAAAUGUCACCUGUACCAUUCCAAAUUUGGAAUGCAAAUAGAUCUUUAAAGAUCGUAGUUUUAUCUAUGCCAACCAUUAAAGACGUCAUUGAAAAAGCAAAAAAUCGCGGAAUAAUUGGAUCUCAACUAGUUCUAGAGUCUUCUGGAUCUAAAAUAAUGGAUGACGAACUUCUUGAGUAUUACUCAAAAAACCAAAAUCAAAUUUUUAUUUUAUUGGACGAUGAAGAAGAAUGGGUUCCUGAUUUGAAUUUGUCAGCUAUAUUAAGUGGAAAAGAUUAUGAAAGCUCGCAGAAAAUCAAUUCUAGUAUUUUGAAAGAUUUGGAGAUAUUGCCAGCAUUGGAAAAUGCAGAACCUAAUAAUUUAAUAGAGACACAAAUCAACAAAAAAUCAUCAUACUAUAGUAAUCUAGCGGCAGUAUAUAUACCAAUUGCAUCUACUUCUUCCUAUGCAUUUGUAAAUGAAUCACAAGAAUCCGUAUCCAAUACUGAAACGUUAUCUAUGAGUAGUGGAGUUUUGUCUUCUUCAUCCAGUACCAAUAGCCAGUGUACAAAACUUUUAGAAAAUUUUAAAAUACCGUGGAAUAAAAUGCCAUUCGAUGUAAUUGACAUGUUGAAAUUAAAACAGAAUAUAGGAAAAAGAAUAAAUUCAGUUGCCAACAUUAUCGUAGAUGAACUGCGUAGUAAAACUUUUUUUAUUCCCAUGAAAAUUUUUCGUAUGGUUGCUCACCAAGCAGUAUCUGAAUAUCCAGAUUCAUUUUUACAAUUUGAUGUUGACAAGCAAGUUGUUUCUUCUUCACCAAUAGCUCUAGUAGAAACUAUGAGAAACAGAAAUAAUUUUCUCAACCGCCCUCCACGUAAAAGUAAUUCUGAAACAGGAACACCAGUUCAUAUUAAGAAUAGAAAAACCACAAAUAUACUAAAAGGAUCUGUAAAAAAUUGGCAACCAAAAAAUAAAUUAUCAGAAGAGGUUAAACUUACUUUGGACGGAAAAAAACAGUAUUUGCAACAAGUUUAUGGGAGAGAACACAAUAGCGAAGAAAAAAAGAUUAUAUUACAAUAUAUGAAGGAUUGUUUUCCCUUUCAAAGAUUAUAUUUCAAUAGUAUUGACAAAGUUCCUUCAGUAAGAGACGUAAAAGAAAACUGGCCAUUUAUUUUUGAGAAAUCAUGUUUGUUUCAACAUUUUACAGAAUUAACCAAUCUAAAUCCUGAGCAUUUUAAAAAACAAUUUUCAUCUGAGAAACCAAUUCUCUACGAACACUUUAUGCAGAACAAAACAAUAAAAAGCUUUUUUGCAAACGAAAUAAAUGAUGAAAAAAUUAUAUGUGCGGUAAUAAUGCAUUUUAAAGAGGACCAAAAUUUGUUUUACAAAAAGUUUGAACUUGGGACUACUUUAGAUGAAAUAAUCGAAGCAUCCCCAACUUCAGGUCCAUGGAUAGCAAUCGUUGAUAUAUCGGUAGAGAAGAAAAUGGGAUACAUUAGUUUGGAAAAAUCUCCAGUUGCAUUUCAUGAGAAUCCAGAAAUUUUGGAUCUGUUAAUAGAGAUUAUAGCUGUUUUUUAUGUUUUUAACAUCAUGUAUUCAAAAUCAAUGUCACAAUCUUAUGAGUUUUUUGUAAGAUUUUUUUACAAGUAUUACCCAGAAGAAAUUCGUGGCAAGAAAAAAAAUAUUAGUAACAUGUGCAAAAUAAAUAAUUUGAUAAAAAGAUUAGAUGAAUUAAGAUCCAAUACGACAUAAACAAAAAAAUUUAAAUUAUCAUAAUAUAAAA